AUGAACUUCUUACUCUUUGCCGUUUCCGUACAUGUUCUCAUGACCAGCAGUGCCGUGGCCGAUUCGACAUUUCAGCAGGCAUCUAACGCAUCUAACGCAUCUAUCAUGUGUCUACCCAUCUGCGCACUUCCAAUUCACGAAUAUCCAGAUGAUUGGUUCCCAGUAGAAAAUGGGGUAUGUGACAGCGCCUGCAAACUUAUCACCAAGCUAUCAAAAUCCAUUGAUGCUAUACAUGCAGUCAUGCGUAUCUCGCUUAUGAAUAUCGGGUAUUAA